CACCGCCACAGCCCCGGGCACCGCCACCGGCGCUGCCCCCGCAGGGUCACAGCACCGGCACCAUCCCCGCAGUGCCCCUCCCGGGUCGGUGUGUCCGGGCCUCAGCCGCCUCCCCGGGGCUGCAGGCACGCGUAGACGGGGCGGAGGAGUCGGUGUCGAUCCCGGUGCCUGUCGCUGUGAGGGGCCCGUGUCAGUCCCGUGUGUGUCCCUGUCCCUGUCCGUGUCGCUGUGCGGCUCCGGUGCCGUGUCCGCGUUCGGCUGUGUCCCGGCUCCCCUCAGCUGGGUUUCCCGGUGUUUUUGUGCUGUCGCAGGGUGCAGCAGCAGCAGCCCAGCCAUGGCCACGGCCGGCGGGGAGCCCGGGCUCGCCAAGCUGCAGUUCGCCCCGUUCAGCAGCGCCCUGGAUGCGGGAUUCUGGCACGAGCUGACCCAGAGGAAACUCAACGAGUACCGGCUGGAUGAGACCCCCAAAGUCAUCAAGGGCUACUACUACAAUGGUGAUCCUUUGGGUUUGCCAGCUCGCUUGACCCUGGAGUUUAGUGCCUUUGAUAUGAAUGCUUCAAUACCAGCACGUUGCUGUCCUGCUUUUGGAACGUUGUAUAACACCAACACUUUUGAGACUUUCAAAUCCUGUGAUAAGAAAUCACUUCUGGACAAGGAAGCAAGUGAGAUCUGGGAAUCAAUCAAAUCUGGAGCUGCUCUGGAGAACCCCCUGCUCUUGAACAGGUUCCUGCUGCUGACAUUUGCAGAUUUAAAAAAGUAUCAUUUCUAUUACUGGUUUUGCUACCCUGCUCUCUGCUUCCCUGAUGGAAUUCAUUUAACUCAGAAACCUGUGUGUCUUGGGGACAGGUUCUCACUAAAUCAGAUUCAAGCCCUGCAGAAAGCCUACGAUGACCUCUGCCAGGAGGAGGGGGUGACAGCCCUGCCUUAUUUUUUAAUUAAGUAUCAUGAUAAUUCUGUCAUUGUAUCCCUGCUGAAAAAGUGGGAUGGCUUCUUUCAAGACCAAGGAAGAAAGGUGACAGUUGGAGUUUAUGAUCCCUGUAAUUUAUCCCAGUAUCCAGGAUGGCCCCUGAGAAACUUCCUGAUCCUGGCAGCCCACAAAUGGGGCAGCAUUCUGCAGAGGGUUGAAGUGCUCUGCUUCAGAGACAGGACCAUGCAAGGGAUGAGAGACAUCACACACAGCAUCAUCUUUGAAAUCAAACUGCCAGAGACACCCCUGGGCCCAGAUUGUCCAAAAGCUGUUGGAUGGGAGAAAAACCAAAAGGGAGGCAUGGGGCCAAGGAUGGUGAAUCUCAGUGAAUGCAUGGAUCCAAAGAGGUUGGCAGAAUCAUCCGUGGAUCUGAAUUUGAAGUUGAUGUGCUGGAGGUUGGUGCCUACUCUGGAUUUAGAAAAGAUUGUGGCUGCCAAGUGUCUGCUGCUGGGAGCUGGCACCCUGGGCUGUAGUGUUGCAAGGACCUUGAUGGGCUGGGGGGUGAGGAAAAUCACUUUUGUGGACAAUGCAAAGAUCUCCUACUCCAACCCCGUGCGGCAGCCGCUCUAUGAGUUCGAGGACUGCCUGAGUGGGGGCAAGCCCAAGGCUCUGGCAGCAGCAGACAGGCUGCAGAAAAUCUUCCCAGGAGUGAGCUCUGAAGGCUACAACAUGAGCAUCCCCAUGCCAGGCCACCCUGUGAAUUUCUCCGAGGUGACGAUGGCCCAGGCUCGCAAGGAUGUGGCCAAGCUUGAGGAGCUCAUUGAUGGCCACGACGUUGUUUUCCUGCUGAUGGACACUCGGGAGAGCCGCUGGCUGCCUGCUGUCAUUGCAGCCAGCAAGAGGAAGUUGGUCAUCAAUGCUGCCUUGGGGUUUGACACUUUUGUUGUUAUGAGACACGGCCUGAAGAAACCAAAACAGCAAAUAUCUGGUGAUUCACGUUUCAGCAACGCCUCUGCUGCUUCUGACCUGCUGGGAUCCUCGCUCUUCUCAAAUAUCCCUGGCUAUAAACUGGGCUGCUACUUCUGCAAUGAUGUUGUGGCACCAGGGGAUUCCACCAGGGAUCGGACACUGGACCAGCAGUGCACGGUCAGUCGGCCUGGACUGGCCAUGGUGGCUGGAGCCCUGGCAGUGGAGUUAAUGGUUUCUGUCCUGCAGCAUCCAGAAGGUGGCUAUGCUGUGGCCAGCAGCAGUGAUGACAGAAUGAAUGAACCACCCACCUCUCUUGGGCUUGUUCCUCACCAGAUCCGAGGGUUUUUAUCCAGAUUUGAUAAUGUUCUUCCAGUCAGCCUGGCAUUUGAUAAGUGCACAGCCUGUUCAGCCAAGGUCCUUGACCAGUAUGAACGAGAAGGGUUUAAUUUCCUAGCUAAAGUUUUUAAUUCUUCACAUUCCUUCUUGGAGGACUUGACAGGUCUGACUUUAUUGCACCAGGAGACACAGGCUGCUGAGUUCCAUGGAAAGAACGGAGCACAUGGAAAAGCUGGGCUGAAACUCCUGCUGCAGCUUUUGUACUGA